CUUUGCAUUGAUUUGAAGCAGGGACUAUAUAAAGCCACCUGCCUGGCGCCACAGGGACAGACACACAGAGGAAAAAGAGAAGAACAGCCAUGGCCUCUUGGCAGCAAGGGAGCUCCCAGGACCUCAGUACCUGCUUCCCCAGAAUUCUGUUCCUCCUGGCCCUCUUGGUGACUUCAGCCGAUGGCAUUGUGUCCAGCCUCGAUGAAUGCCUGGUACUGCCUACAGCCGAGGGCAGCACUGUCUCCUGCUACAAUGUCACCGAGUUCCCGAGUCCCCUCCCGGCUGACAUUGUCCAUCUGUCUGUGGAAUUCUCCAACUUGACCGAGCUGCCUGCCAGAGCCCUGCAAGCCUGUCGACGCCUGCAGGAGCUGCACCUCUCCAGCAACCGCCUGCAGGAGCUGUCCCUGGGAUCGCUGACACCCUUAAGCAGGUUGCGUGUCCUGGACCUGACCCACAACGAGCUCCGCGGCCUGCCCCUGGGACUCUUCAGCACCUUGGCCGACCUGCGCACCCUGGUCUUGCGGGACAACCAGCUGCAAGACGCGAAUACUGGGUUGCUGUGGGGCCUGCGCUCCCUGGAACACCUUGACCUGGCGAAGAACCGGCUGUGCGUGCUCCCCAGCGGGUUCCUCCUUACCCUGACUGCUCUGAGAACCCUGGACCUUGGGUACAACCUGCUGGAGACGCUGCCCACCAGCCUCCUGCUGGGCCCGAGCCGGCUGCAGCGCCUGCACUUGGAAGGGAACCGGUUGCGGAAGCUGGAGUUCGGCCUGUUCUCAUUCCAGCCGUUUCUGCGCAUCCUGUUCCUGAACGACAACGGGCUGACUGUGGUGCAGCCAAGUGCCUUCUGGAGCCUCCGGCAUCUAGACAUGUUGGAUUUGUCCAAUAAUUCUCUGUCCAGCACACCCCCCGGCCUAUGGGCAUCGCUGGGGAGGCCUUCCCGCGACAUGCAGGACGGCUUCGACUUGUCGCACAACCCCUGGGUCUGCGACAAGAACCUGCGGGACCUGUGCCGCUGGCUGCACGCCAACAAACACAAGAUGUUCUCGAAGAACGACACGCUCUGUGAAGGGCCUGAAGCCGUGAGGGGCCAGCGGCUGCUGGACUUGGCAGAGCCGGGGUCCCUGUAGGAUGGCGAUAGGGGUGGCACCAUUCCCUCUGUUGGGAUUGAGGUUACCUGACCCACUCCAGGUACCUCGCCUCCCACACUCUCCCUCUGCCACACCCCAGACCACCCUGACAGGGGUCACCAAAGCAGUUAGUAAAACAUCUACUGGGCUAAAGAGAUGGCUCAGAGGUUAAGAACACUGACUGCUCUUCCAGAGGUCUUGAGUUCAAUUCCCAACAAUCACAUGGUGGCUCAAAAACAUCUGCAGUAUAAUCUGGUGCCCUUUUCUGGCCUACAAGCAUAUGUGUAGGCAGAGUAUUGUAUUAUUGUAUACAUAAUAAGUAAAUAAAUGUUUUAAAAAUGA